AAGGAGGACGAGGACAAGGAGGAGGAGGUGGAGGAGGAGGACGACGACAAGGAGGAAGAGGACGAGGAGGAGAAAGGAGAACCAUAAUCUCUGAUGAGAUUAGGGCCACUAUCAUUGAUCAUGUGGUCAACCAUGGUUUGCCCAUGAGGGAGGCUGGCCAGAGAGUCCAACCCAACUUGAGUCGCUUCUCGGUUGCCUCAAUAAUUCAGACUUUCAGAAAUGAGCAUAGAACUGCAAGAUUACCAUACUGUGGUGGGAGAGGAAGACUCCUCACAGAUGAGCAGGAGACUGCAGUAGUCAACAUGGUGCUGGCAAACAAUGUCAUAACCCUCCGACAAAUCCGAGAUGCAGUCAUUGCAGACCAACACAUAUUCCAAAAUAUAGCAACAGUGAGUUUAUCCACAGUGGACCGUGUUCUCCAACGCAGCUCCAUUAGGAUGAAGCAGGUAUACAGGGUUCCUUUUGAGAGGAACACUGCCAGAAUCAAGGAGAUUCGCCAUGACUAUGUGCAAAGAUAUCUUGACCUAGAUGCAGCAGCAGACCUGCAUGAAUUUAUAUUCAUUGAUGAAGCGGGGUUCAACCUUGUAAAGAGAAGGCGCCGGGGCAGAAAUGUAAUCGGCCAGCGUGCUGUCAUUGAGGUCCCUGGCCAGCGUGGAGGGAACGUAACAAUGUGUGCUGCCAUCAACCACCACGGCGUCCUCCAUCACCAUGCCACCCUUGGCCCGUACAACACUGCCCAUCUCAUAGCAUUCCUGGACACACUCUACAACAUCGUUGUUCAACCAGACCAGAUGGAUGACACAGAGGUAAUCAGGUUUGUCGUUGUCUGGGACAAUGUCAGUUUCCACCGGGCUGCUCUGGUCCGUGACUGGUUCAGGGGCCAUCCUGAAGUUUCUGUCCUGCAUCUUCCUCCAUACUCUCCCUUCCUCAAUCCUAUUGAGGAGUUCUUCUCUGCCUGGAGAUGGAAGGUGUAUGAGAGGAACCCACAGACACGGAUCCCACUGCUGCAAGCCAUGGAGGAUGCAUGUGGCGAUGUGACUGCUGAGGCCUGUCAAGGCUUCAUGCGCCAUUGUAGGCGAUUCUUCCCCCGCUGUUUGGCCAGGGAGGACAUUGCCUGCGACGAAGAUGAGGUCCUGUGGCCAGCCAGGGACCGUAGGCAGGAUGCAGCCUAG